AUUGUUCGCCGGGAUCACCAUGCGGGGGUGACAUUGAUCAACCAUUCCCACAAAUGAAACACAAAUGUACAUCUGCUCUUUAUAGACUUAUUACAUAACAGUAUGAGUUCAAGUUCAGUACGAGACCAGCCAUCCAAAGAUGGCAACCCCUUUGAGGAGAUGAUAAUCACGGAAGAACCAGUGGCCGUGAAAUAUUCAAAUUUUUUGAAAACGAUAGUGAGCAACCGAUACGGAAUCCAAGCUGUUCUCGCCGGGUUCUUGUGUAAUUUCAUGGUAUUUGGUAUUGGAUUCUCCUACGGUGUGUUUCAGGAGUUUUAUGGAUCAAGUAAAGGUCCACUAUACAAUAAAUCUGAAUCAAUGAUUGCAUUAGUGGGUACCGUGAGUACGGCGCUCACCUAUAUCUGUGGAAUCUUCAAUAAAUCCCUAAUGUUUUAUUUGUGUCCUCGAAAUGUAAUGCUAAUAGGGUGUGUGUUGCUGUCGCUUGGGUUGGUAUUGACAGGGUUCGCCAAGGUAUACUAUCAGUUUAUUCUCUGUUCCAUUUUGCAAGGUAUAGGAGGAGGGAUUUUGUAUUUACCACCAGUGGUGUGCGGACCAGUGUAUUUCGACAAGCAUAGAAGUUUGGCCAGUGGAGUGUUGUUUUCUGGGACUGGUGUAGGUGCAUUCGCCAUGGCUACCUUCUCCCGGUAUUUGAUUGAGCGAGUCGGUUGGCGAUGGAGUUUACGGAUUCUAGGAUUGAUGAAUUUGGCAGUUUGCGGGUUUGCCAGUGUUCUUGUUGUUGAGCCCAAGAUUCAAAAUUUCAGAACCAAUAAUGCCUUGAUUAAUUUCAGUCAAUUGAAAUCGGGAAAGGUCGGACUACAACUACUUGGCUCGUUAUUACAAUCUGCCGGGUAUUUGAUGCCGUUAAUUUUUAUGUCGAAAUACGCUGUGUCGCUAGGUUACACCAGUAGUCAAGGGGCAUUGUUUAUUGGUAUAAGUAAUGUCGUGAAUGCCGGUUCUAAGGUGUUCACUGGUGUGAUUGCAGAUAUGUUGGGGCGAAUGAAUACGCUCAUGAUAUGCAGUAUUAUCAGUGCUAUCGCCAUAUUUGCCCUUUGGCUACCUGGUAUUCGUGAGACAUUCAUUAGCUUGGUGGUUGUGUAUGGUGUCUUUUCAGGAGCGAUCAUAUCUUUGCUACCACCAUGUUUAAUUGAAUUGUUUGGUAUUGCUUCAUACACACAACUAAGUGGCAUAAUGUAUUGCGCAAGAGGAAUAGGAGUAAUUAUUGGGUCACCUAUUGGUGCUUUAUUAAUCGAAGGAAAUGGUGCAUUACCCAAAGACUACAUCAAUGCUGCUAUUUACAAUGGUGUUCUACUCAGUGGCUCUUGUAUUUGUCUAGGAUACUUGUGGAUACUUGCAUUUAAAGAUCGAGAAUCACGAUCGUGGAAGUUAUAACCUCUAGAUAUAGACCUAUAUAUCAAUCUCUUUAAAUGUAAAUGGUUCAUACACGUACCCUUCACCUUCAAAGAACUUCGACAUGGCUUCAACCCAAUGCAAUCUCAAUGAAUGCAACAUGGCUGACGUACCUUCCAUCAACACCAAGAUACAUACCGUCAACAGGAACCACAUGGCGAAUAAUACAACCACCAUGAUUAUCCCUAUUGUUUUAUUUUUACUAGCACCAAACGCAUUUUGAAUUGUCAUUGACCAAAGAACAGUAGAUAAUUGCGCGUGGGCUAAUGACAAAGCCCAUAAUCUCAAAUAGGAAGCAGUGUGACUUACACAAUUCAAACAAAAUUCAAUAGUAUGAAUCACUUGGUGGAUAACAAUAUCUCCAAAGUUAAACUUGUCGUGAUCGUCACCAUGGCCAGCAGCAGAAUGAAACAUUGGUUCGAUAUCAUUAGGGAAUCGGAACUCAUCAUCAGCCAAGAAACUAUCAUCAUCAUCAUCAUUUGGAUCAUUGUUUAAUUCCUGUUCAAAUUCAAGAGCUCGUUCUUCUUCGUGUAACUGGAACGAAUGAUGACGUUGAGAAUGGACAUCAGAGUAUCCUAAUUGUAUUGCCUUGUCAUUCUCACGUUUCAACGUUAAUGGUUUGUAAAUCAACAACCACGGAACACAUACAAGAGCAAUCAAUACCAAUACAAUUUGGAUGAAUUUUUGGCCCGGAUAAAGCUGUUCUUCAAUUGUCCCUGGAGAUAAAAACAUAUUAAUCAACAUGUUCAAUAAUCCUGGUGGUUGUCUACCAGUACCAAACCAAUCCACGGUCCAUUUGUAAAGAAUAGUCAAGGAAAGAUAUCCAAAGAUACUCUGCAUAAACAAGAACCCGGGAAUGAAAUUCCCAAUGAUAUCCACUUUCCUUUUGAAAUAUAAAUAAUUCACCAAACUAAACAUAAGUGAAUAAUUCAUAUGGGUGUAUCCCAUAAGCACCGAUAAUUUCAUCUUGUAUGAAUUAGUAAAUAAUAAAUUGUUUUCUGUGCCAUGCCAGGCCCAAUCUAACCCAAACGGAUAUACUUUCCCCAGAAUCUUUUCCGCAAUUAAGGUAACUGCUCCAUCUUUGGCGAAAUCGUAGCCCUUAGGGAAUGUCCAUUUCCAACCAGAACUGAAGAUUUGAAUCGAUUUCGAAAAGAUAUCAUUGUAGAUUAACCCAGUAUAUAUGGAAAAGAAUCCCAUAAGUAAAAUAAUGUAUCUUCCAUUGAAUGCCAUUUCGAAAAUUUCGUCUUUAUUUCUCAUGGCGCCAAACAGGAUUUCAUUUUUGAUCAAGUAAAGUGCACCUAAUAACACAAUGAAUCCAUGACCCACAUCACCAAACAUAAUGGCAAACAUAAACGGGAAGGUGAUGAUUGUGGCUAACCCAGGGUUAACUUCUUGAUAAGUGGCAAUACCAUAAGCGUCAAUAAUCAGUUGGAAAGCUGAUGUAAAUUUGUUGGUUCUAUGGAAGGUGGGAGGAGUUCUAUUGGUGGAAAGUUCAUUAACAACCGCAAUUAAAGUACCAUAAUCGUCUUCAUCAUCUUCAUCGCCAAUUUCAAAUCUGGAAAUGUCGUGAUCACUGGUGGUGUCGUCAAUGGCAAAUAACGAAGUUUGAGUUUCAAGAGUUCCAGUCGAUGAGAGUGCAACCGAUUCAUUACUAGAAGCAGUGAGUCCAGCAUUAGCAUGUCUUGUCUUUUCCUUGACCAAAUUGCGUAAUGUUGAUUGAAUUUUUGUAAACUCCGAUUUUGGAAUCCACCCUUCACCAACAAGACAUCUUCUAGUAGAAUCCUCAUCAAACUUGUUCAAUGUUUCAAAUAUCAAUUUCUCUCGCUCAAUUAUGUAGCAAUAAUCGGGAUAUGAUUCUUGGAAAAUUUUCAAUUCGGUAAUUAAUUGUUGUUUUGUGCUGACAACCACACUAUUUAAGUCUUCAAUCUUGUUAUUCAAUUCAAUCAAGGUAGCCGAUCUUGUAUCUGCACCUCCGACAACAUUAUCAAAUAUAACACCAUCCAAGGAUUGAAUGAUUUUGCGUACUCUUGAUUUCAAGAGAUCCCCAUGAAUGAAAAUAAUAAACACAUUC